AGUUCAUGGCCGCAAGCUGUCUGCACGAACCGAAAUUCCUCCACUUGCCAGUGGAUCACCUGAUAGUAUAUAGUAGUACUUGGUGUGGUGGUGGUGGAGGAUUUAUACCUUCAUUUUUACUUUUCGCCCUGUGGUGGUUUCUUUUGUUUUCUCCUCAAACGUGUAUCUACCUGUGUGUUGCCUCCCACCAACCCACCCCGUUUUCCACCCACCGCUCCUCCUGCCAUCACAGUACAGCGUUGCAUUGCGGCCACACGAAGCAGAGCCUGGCCAGUCUUCGCUUGACGGUUAUGGGAGGUGGACGUGCUCUCGUGUUUGUGUGUGCUGCUGCUGGAAACUUUUGAAAAUAUUCUCCUUUUUCCCCCCUGGGCUUUUGAAAAAGUAGACAUACACACAACAACACGCAGCCAAUUAUGUGUUGGAGUGGAUGACAUUUCGGACAGUGAGGGAAGGGGGACAGUAGUCACCUGGGGACAGCCAACGAUUUGGUUAUACUUUUCCACCACCCCCUUGUCAAUUUAAGUGAAUUGUGUCGAUUCGUAAGUCAAAUCUGUGGAAUUCCCCAGUCGUCUCUUGAAUGCACCCAGUGAAAAAAGAUCGAUAAUCGCUCGAUUCCAUGAGUCACAUGAGACUGGAGGACAUUUGAAUUUUUUGGCGCCUCGACAAACACAGCGUAGAAAAGAAACAAAAAUAAAAAUGGACGGAUCUACUGGCAUUUGGAUGGGCUUGACGUUGGCCGCCCCGUUGACUCUGGUGCCCGAAAUCGCCUUGCUCCGGCUGAUGCACUCCAGACGGGCCGCCUGGCAUCCGCUGGACGUCCUUUUGGUGGCCCUCCUGGUUGGCCAGCUGUGCUGUACUCUGGUAACCUUGGGCUUGAGUGCCGCCGCCCUGGCCAGAAAUGCCGGUCUCCUCCCUGGCCUGGGCUCUGACGGUUCGCCCAGGAUCCUGGAAGGUGAAAGUGCAUCAGGUCGGCCGUUGGUUGCCCUGGAAUUGCUUCAUCAUCACCGGACGCCCCUCUGUGCCGCCCUCAUCUCCUUCUGGGCAGCCGCCCACACUCUUCACGCCGCCACGCUGACGUCCAUGGCCGUCGACCGGGCCAUGACCAUCCGAUGGUCUUACAAGUACCGCGUCAGCGUCCGCCGCACUCAGAUCCGCUACCACGUCGUCGUUUUGGCCGUCGUCAGCCUAUUGGUUGGCGUCGCCACUUUAUUCGCCAGCGGAAUUGGAACGUCGUCGUCGACGUCGUCGGCCGUUUCAUCGUUUAUUCGACCGGCGCCCAUUCAACCGGCCGUCUUGACGCCAUCAGCAGUCUCGAACGAUUCGGCCAUCAUCGCCGAAGCGGCCGUCAUGGCCAUGGAGCUGGAAAAUUGCUCGUUUCUUCCGUACACGUUCGAUUCGCGGUUCUCGCUCUUUUGGCUCUGCUUGCACGGCGUCCUCUUCUUGACGACGCUCACGGCCGGCGCCGUCAUCUUCGUCACCCGAGUCAUGAUCCGUUGCUCGCGCGGAUUCUCGGGUCGACUGGGCUUGGCCGGCGGCUCCGGCUCAGAUAUGCGGACCCUGGGCAACGCGUCGGACGGAUCGUCGGCCACUUUGCCACUUCCGACUUCUUCGUCGUCAUCUCUGCCGACCUUACCGGCCCCUCCGCCUCCUCGUUACACUCCCGGACCGGUGGCGUGUCUCAGCGCCGGCAGCCUGGGCGGCCAUCACCAGCACGCCGGAACGGCCAAAGUGUCGCCCACUCCGCAACUGAUGACGCGCUCCAGUCAUCCGAAUUUCAUGUUCGGAUCGACCGACAAAACUUUUAUGAAUCUUUUGCAUCAUCACGAGUCGGGACUGGCCGGCAAUCAUCACAAAACGGGCACGGCCGAUUUCUCUGCUGCUGCCGUUGCUGCUACUGGAGGAGGAAGUGGCGGCUGCUGCGGCGGUGGUAGCUGGAACAGACAAAGGCACUCGACAGUGGCAGCUGUGCUCAUCGUGGCGUACUUUACUCAUCAUCUCCCAUUACUGGUUUUGACGACGCUGGGCACGUUUUUCGCCGACAUUCUGCCGUCCGCUUGGCCUUUUUCCGCCCUCGUCUUGGGUUUGUCUCUUUUCUCUGGCCUCUUGUUCAUGGCCGUCCUGGUUUUUAUCGACCCAGUCCUCUACGCUUGGAUGGUGGACUCGCUCAGACCGGGGUCACGCCGCAUUGGCGCUGACCGACAUCGUCAUCUCAACCACCACCACCACCACCACCACCACCGCUCGCCCGUGACUUCCGAAUCGGCCACUCUGGAACCCAAUCUCAUCGCUCCCAUGAAAAUCGACGAUGACACCCGUUACCGGAUGAGCCAGAUUUAUUCGCAGGAACCCACCGAAGCCAAAUUCCCUUUGACUAACGGUUCUCUCUUCGUUCACCUGAUGAACCCUUCGUCAGGCGAUGGUAAACGAGGCAAUCGGCGUCCAUCAAGAAUGGGCGUUUCGGCCUACGACCACCGCCCAGCUCAGCAGCAGCAACAACAACAACGUGGAUCGGCUAUCAUGGGGUCUCAGUCUCACAUUGCCGAAGCCGUUUACCCCGAAGCCACUAAGCCGCCGUUGAUGACGUUUAUGAGCCGAGCCAGGAUCCUAUCCAUGACGUCGACUAUCGACUCUUUCCAAAGCCAAUGCGCCAAUGUCGAUACAUUACCAACCUCAUCCCGGCACCACCACCACCAGUCGCAGUCGCAGUUGCAGUCGAUUGAACCGUUUUACAACGACCCGUUGUCUUCGAUCGGUGCCCCACCUUCGUUCGCCGACGCCGAGGAGCAAGUGGCUGACGUGCUGCUCGCACCCGUUCAUCACGCAGCCCAUCACGUCACCGCAUCAUCGACUUCGCUCCACUCGAAAUUCAAGAGUCACGAACCGAUUUACGCUUCCCUGUCCGAGACACUCAGCUCGAGUCACACGCUCGAAAGCGUCGAGGGCCCCGCCGGAAGCCUCCUGGACGAAUUUGCGCCGAAUUUGCUGCGGCAAAGAGAAAUUGACGACGACGACGAAGAAGAAGAAGAAGACGAAGGGUCAGCCACGGAAAGCGCUGGAGAUGAUUUCGAGUUUCACAACAUCAGAACAUCGCGCCAGACGCUCAUUACCCCGCCGAACGACGUUGUUGCCUCCGCAUCUGCAUCAGCAUCAACCGAAGUUGUUUUCGGAUUGGAGGAUUUGAGACCGCGCUCGAGAGUCGCCCGCUCUGCCACUUAUCGCAUCUUGUGCAACGGACUCGACGUCAAAUGCGCCGGCAAACACGACACGAUGGCCGUCGCCGACGACACCCGAGAAGUGCUGGCGGCUACCAGCGAAAGCCGCCACGGAAUCGUCACUUGCGUCACUAUCCAGAUUGGACCCAAGGAACAACAGCAGACGGCAUUUGGGGAGUCGUCGUCCAGUUUACGACGCUCCAAAUUGCUGACAUCAUUGUCGAUGAACGACAUCGACGUCCUCGGUGAAAGUCAAGAGGACGACCUCAGCAGCGGCCUGGACUAUAGCGACGGCAAGUUUGACGGCUGUUGCGUUCGCAGCGAUUCGCUCUUUUCCCUCUACAUGGACGGGUCGGAUCCGCUCCAAUCGUCACCAGAGUCGUCGCUGACGUCUCCCUUCAAAGAGAAUCAGUCGCUCAUUUGUUCGGCCAUUGAAUUGUCCAGCAAUCAGACGACGAAAAAUGAAUCGAGUCCAGUGCGACGCUCGCCAUUCCGGCAACAACAACAGCAGCACCAACAACCGAUGGUGAAUUUGCGUAAAAAGUCGAGUCACCGAAGCCGGGCAGCCGUGCUGAAGCGGUUCCAGGAGAGGGAGAUGUCGUGGCCGAGUCAAGGUAACGGGAUCCAAUCUCUCAAGACGGGCAGCGUCGUGUCGAUUGCUGCCCUCAAAGCCGCUCUAACUCAAUCGCCCACGUCCCACUACCUGGACAACGGCGAACUCUACUUCCCUCAGCGGCUGCAACAACAACAACAACAACACAAGCAGCAACAACAACAACAGCAAUCCAAAACGGUUUUCGUCAGCGAUUACAUUUGAAGGAGAAAAAAUGUUUUUUAUUCGUGACGGAGAUAAAUAACGUGACGAGGUCAUCGAGAGGAAACGACGAAUUUUCGCAUUUCUUUUUUCUUCUUGUUCCAGCGCACGGCAAAAAAAAAGCUUUAACAAUCAUCACUCUCUCUCUCAUCUUCUUUUCACCCUAUAACAAUUAUUCUAGUGGCUGGGAAUUGAUUUGUAUUUAACAGCUAUUCUAUAAAUAUUUUUGGUCCGCUCUCGUGUAUUAUAGAACUUUUUAGCACAUGUGUAAUAAUAUUAACUCGAUUGAUGUCGUUGUGUGUGUGUGUACAUUGCUUUAACGUUGGUGUUUUGUGUACUUUGGAAUGUCGUUUGUUUCGGAAUUGUUUCGACGGUUUUCCCUGGCAGAUUUUCAUUCCGCCUCUGUUCACACACAAGCACUCACGAAUGAAUGGCUCCGAGAUAUUGACGGUACAACAAAAGAGACGAUGAAAAGAGAAC